GUCAUGCCAUCAACUACAUCCACCACCCCAGCAACAUCGUCUUCCCACCUCCCGUUGGACGGUUUCUCGCGUGUCCGUCACCUUUUCAACCCUUGGGAGGAGCCCCAUCCAGGCAAACGACUACCUCUCACAGUGGCGGAAGAGGCGAGCAGGGACUCUGAGAAGGUUGCGCUCGUUGGUUCACAACACAUCGACGGUGGAUGUAACGGUGGUAUGACCGCAAAGGAACUGAAUCCGUACCGCAACAGUCGGCCCUGGCUUGUACGACGCCCGAUCCGCGUUCGAUCACGAACCCCGGCUCCGCUCAAGAUCACGACGGAGAUCGCCGACGAUGCAAAGCUCGAGUCGAUGCCGCCAGUUCAGAAUGUCGUAGUACCCUCCCCCGCAAUGGCCACUCCUGCCAUCCCUGCCGCCAUACCGGAGGCGGACGUCGAGAAGCCUGAUGCCGAGGCCAUGGCUGUUCCGGCGGCGGCUGCCGCGGAUGUCAAGUCAAGCGAGAUGCCACUGCCAACGUCGCCACCGAUCGACUGCCAAUUCACCGACUUUUCCAACCUACUUGGCAUCAGCGUGCAGCCUCCGUCGGAGGAGGAGGCCGUCCCCAUUGUCCAGAGCGAGAACAGUUCGUACUGCCAUGCUGCGCCUGACGAAGACAUCUACGGCUGGGACGCCGAGCUCGAGCGGCAGAGCCAACACAGCAGUCCGACCCUGUCAUGCCCGUACGACCAUGACUACCAGUACCGACGGACUAGCAUGACGAAGCGCAGUCUCCUGCAUCGCGUUUUCAGCAUGGGGAAUGCCCCCAAAGACUUUGACAGCGUUGACAUACGCCGAGCUAGCAGCACCUCCAGCUAGACAUUUCAAACGAAUAUCUCACGAAUGGAGCAGCCUUGCUGCUCCCAAUCGAAAUCCCACUCUUCAGCUUUCGCACGAAGCUAUGAUACCACUUUUUUCUUUUGCAUUUUCUACCUUUUGGCAUUCAACUUUUGUAUUCUGGCAUCAAGACCCCCUUUUUUCUUUUUCUUUUAUAUAUUGGGUUAUUAUCAUUAUUUUUGCGACAAGAUAUCACGACUACAUCUUCUGGAAAAGAACGGGGAAAAUCAUAGACAAUGGGGAUUGGGUCAUUUGCAUGAGGAGUUAUUGUGGCAUUUACAAGGCUUGGCCAAGCCUGGACAAUCUCAUGAUGCAUUGCGAGGAGCUUUGGCGGGGAGCGGUUGCUUUUAUUUCAUGCAAGACACAGGGAACAAAAAGCAUUAUUCAUUCAGAGUUUCUGGGGGAUUAGAAUAAGGCUUCCUGGGAUAGCUUCCUGGGAUAGCUCACUGGCAUAUUUGGAAUGGCUGAGACGAGGUUUAUGACCAUUUUAUUUAGAUGUGCUAUAUCACUUCACGAAGUAGGAUUCUGAUGUUUUG